CGCGCAGGAGCCCAGAAGCGAGGAGGCGCGCGCCGCGGACGGACGGUUCCCGGCGGGGAGAGAGCCUGCGCCAGCGGACGCCGAAGCCACAGCCGGACCCCCGCCAACGGCCCCGGGCGCCGCGAGCCCUCUCACCGAACCUCCCCGCCCCCACCUGUGCGCGGGCCGCGGAGACCGUCCAAUCAGCGGCUGCGCGAGCCCCUCUCUCCCAUCCCCUCCCCCUCAACGGUAGUCGCCAGCGGUUCGCGCGGGGCUGUCCGAGCCGGGGCCAGGAUGAGGCAGCAACUCCUGCGGGGAGCGCCGCUCUCUUCGGCCCUGCUCGCCCUCCUGGGGGCUCUGCUCCUGGCCGGGGCGGCGUGGGGCCUCGACGACCACCCAGCCAGCGCCAGUGGCGCCAAGGAACAGGCCGGCCUGCAGGACUUGUGUCGCUCCCCAAAGGUGGUAGGUAGGUGCCGUGCUUCUAUACCGAGGUGGUGGUAUAAUGUUACAGCUCAGGCUUGCCAUUCAUUUCUCUAUGGAGGUUGUGGUGGAAAUUAUAACAACUUCCUGACUCGAAAAGACUGUCUCAAAGCAUGUAAUGGAGUCAAAGAGAACUCUGCUAACGAAGCCCCAGCCAGAAGGGAUGGAGCACAUGAACCUAGUCCAAGUGCUCCCCGAAAGCAAAAUCCUGAAGAAUUUCCUGGUAACGAUUUCGACUAUGAAGAAUACUGCACCGCCAAAGCCGUCACUGGCCCUUGUCGGGCAGCCUUCCCACGGUGGUACUUUGACUCUGAGAAGAACACCUGUGUGCAUUUCAUCUAUGGAGGGUGUCGGGGCAAUAAAAAUAGCUACAUGAACCUAGAAGACUGCAUGAGGAAAUGUUUUGGCAAGCGUACCCAUAAAGCAUCUCACCCCGCCAUGUCACAUUCCACCAAAGCUGUGGCCUUGGCGGUGCUGCUCGCAGUGAUGGCAGCCGUCCUUCUGGGAGCAAUGGUCAUCAUCUUUAUCAAGAUAGCUCGGAAGCACCGGGCAAGUGCCUUCAACACGGUGUGGAGCCCCAUAGAUGACAAGGAGUAUCUGGUGAAGAGCGCCUACACCCUUUGAGGAAGCUGCGGGACCCCUCCCGGUGGGCAGCGCAUCCCUCUCCAUGCAAGCUGCCACAAGGGCCCCUCGCCCACAGGGAAGCGUAAAAAUAGGAGAAAUUGUCAGGGGAGGGGAAUAAGGGAAAGCCACUUGUAGAAAGGC